CUGAGAGGGGAACCUGCAGACGGUACUCAGUCGGAAACACGUUCUAACUCGUUUUUCCGGUCAAAUACCGUUUGGUACCGAUUCGGUGUUUAUGGCUCGUCGUGUUGUUUGUAAUGUGCACUUGUUUACAUGUUACAGCUUUUUGUUUAUUGUGGUUCACUGAAGGUUCAGACAAAUGGUUAUCGUCGACCGAACGACGUUUUCCGACUGGAGCCGAGCAGCUCCGAUGAGCCGACAGGAGGCUUCCUCCUCCUCCUCCUUCUCCUCCUCCUCCUCCUCUGUGAGCAUCCAUUCCUGGUCGGAGGGUCUGAGGAUGAGCCCGCCGUCCGCUGCUCUGUGACGGAGGAGUCACAGCAGAAGGAACCGGAUCCCGGAGCAGAACGAUCCUCAGCGCGCGGUCGUCAUGCAGAGGACAUCUUUGGCGAGCUGUUCACUGAGGCCAACAGUUUCUACCUGAGGAUGAACAGCCUGCAGGAGCGAGUGGACCUGCUGGCAGUGAAGGUCACACAGCUGGACUCCACUGUGGAGGAAGUGUCUCUGCAGGAUAUCAACAUGAGGAAGGCUUUCAGAAGCAGUACUAUCCAGGACCAGCAGGUGGUGUCACGGAGCUCCAUCCUCAACCCAGUACUGGAAAUGUACCAACACUGUGACAAACCUCCACCUCUCAAUAUUCUGACACCUUACAGGGAUGAUAAGAAGGAUGGCCUGAAGUUCUACACCGACCCAUCUUACUUCUUCAGCCUGUGGAAGGAAAAGAUGCUGCAGGCCACCGAGAAUAAGCGCAAAGAGAAGAGACGACAGAAGGAACAGAAGCAUGUGGAGGAGUCCUCAGGGCGGGAGGUUAAGAAGGUCCGGAAAGCUCGUAACAGACGGCAGGAGUGGAACUUGAUGGCAUACGACAAGGAGCUCCGCCCAGACGCACGAGUAACACCAUCACCUUACCACACCUCUGACGGCUCAAUGUCACCUGACAGGUCAGGGAUGUCAGAUGACCCCAACAGCUCCCAUGACAUGCAGAGGCAUGAUGGGAAAGAUCACGUCACCAUGGCAACUGGUGGAAGUGGUCAGACUCAGUCACUGGACCGCGCCUUCCGACCCGCUUCCUCUGCGGUCUCUGUGGCAACCACCCGGCAGCAUUCACUAGGCCGCAACCAGGCGCAUCAUCACCACCAUCCACCACUCACAGGCUCCACCAAUCAGAACGGAGCACGGACUAACGCCACCAAGGAGGCCAAUGACCAUCAGAUCCCUCCAGCCCCUCCGCCGCCACCCCCUCCUCUCAUGCCAUCAGCAUUCCCCAACAACUCCACCCACACUGCUGCCAUGGCAACGCCGCUGCAUCCUGCCGUUGCUCCUGGAAACCAAGGUGGUGCUGUCCUCUCUCGGCCCUACAGCCCCUCCCCCCCUCCGCCCCCCCCAGCUAACUAUGUCCCCUCCCCCUCCCGGCCCGGAGGCCAAGUCCCACCCUCAGCUGCUGCUGCUGCUCCCCCAUUACCCCCGGCAAUGGAUGGCAGGAAGCCACCCGGCGGGCCGAAUGUGCCGAUGAACGACGCCCGCAGCGACCUGCUGGCUGCCAUACGCAGAGGGAUUCAGCUGAGGAAAGUUCAGGAGCAGCGCGAGCAGGAGGAAGCUAAAAAAAGAGAGCCCGCAGGAAAUGAUGUCGCCACCAUCCUGUCGCGACGUAUUGCAGUGGAAUACAGCGAAUCAGAGGAGGAGUCUGAACCUGAGGACCAGGAGUGGUCUGACUGAGGAGAGCAGGAAGUUCAGUCUGUGUGAAGACAGACCCCAGACCAGCGCUGACAAAGUCAAAACCAAAAACAGGAAACACCAAUAAAGUCACUGGAAAAGGUUUUGUUGGGACAGAAGAAGCACAAAAGAUUCCCCUUGAGAGAAAAAUAAAGUCUAAAUAUUUAGAAAAAAUGUUUAGGUAAAGUUUAGUUUUACUUAUCCUGCUCUCCAGAGGACGAACCCUUUACAUGUUAAUGACUCUGUGGUGUUUCCUGUAGCGCCACCUUUAGGACAAACUGCUAACAGGACUACAGACCGAUUUACGUGUUUUAGUAAUGAAGUGACAGUGGUUACCAAAAACGUGACUUCUGAUGAAUACGAUACUGAUCAGUGAUCAGCGGGUGGACUGCGAGCAGCAGAUUGUCCAGCAGGUGGCGCUCAGUCUUGCGUUUAGUGCAGCAUCUGGCAGCCGUAAAACUGUUGGUCCUCGCUGUGUUUCCCGUCGGUCAGAUGGAUCAGCUGUUCCUGUUGUUUCUGAUAAAAGUUCUUAAAUGUUGUCCAGUGGACUUCAAAACGUUUGAUCAUUUAAUUUGAUUUGAUUUGAUUUAGUUUGCUCAUGCAAUCCAAUCAUCUAAAAGAAAUUAUUAUUUUAUUGAACGUUAUUUUUUACAUUUAUCUUAUAACAGAUAUUGUAUUUUUGUUUCUGUUUGCUGUCUGUUUUUAAAAGACAUUAUAUUCAUACAUUAUUGAUUUAUCCUCUCUUUCGGUGACCUGUACAUAUGACUGUACAUAAACAGUAUUUUGAAGCUGUGAACAUGGACGUGUUUUCUCCUCGUGUUCCCUGCUGCUGGUUUCGGCAUCUGUUUAAUUAGUUGCUGUGGCAACCAGCGAAGAGCUCGUUAGUGAUAAGGACAUGCUGCUUUUCAUCAUUAAUCGAUUAAUGCAGGUGAUGUGUGUUGCAGAUGAAUAUUAAUCAGUAUAAAGUUAUGACAUCAAUGUCAACAAUUUCUCUGUAAAAACAGGAAGUGAAGUGAUGACAUCAGCGCCCUCACACAGGAGGUGUUUCAUCCGUUUGUGUGAUGUCAUCACUACUGCUGAUGAUGUAAACAAACUGUCCUGUACCAUCUGUGAUUGGUUGUUGAGAUUUCUUGAUUAUAGAUCGGUGCUGUGUGUUCUUGCUCUGUGAUUUGCAUGUUGGUGGAAAAAGUCUUACUGAUUAAACAAAACCUGUGAAAUAUUCUGUCUUGCAAAGAGAAAACUUUAUCGACAAAAACAAGCUGUUAGUUACAUAAUUUGUUACAUUUAAAAUGGGGUGUGUUGUCCAUGUGCAUUUAUUAUCUUUCAUUUGUAAUCUCAAUUUCAGCAAUUAAAUUUGGAUUCAAUAAAAG